GGCUAGAAAAGGCGGCUGCUUUUUUAUCCACAGAAUAUAUAGAAAAGGUUUAUUUUAUUAUUUUUUUAUUUUCUCUCUCUAGAAAAGAAAAAGAAAAAACGAGAGAGAGAUAGAUUUCCGUGUGUUUAGCGAAAAUGGGGAGAAGAAAGCUCGAGAUGAAGCAGAUCGAAAACAACAGUGCUCAGAUGGUUUGUUUCUCGAAGAGAAGAAAUGGUCUGAUUAAGAAAGCCAGGGAGUUAUCUGUUCUCUGCAAUGUCGACGUGGCCGCCAUUUUCUUCUCCAAGAGAGGAAAGCUUUAUGAAUAUUGUAGCGCCAAUAGCAUGGCCCAUGUCCUGCAACAAUAUCAAAGUCGAGUCGAGAGUGAGAAAGAUGGUUGCGAUACAGAGGAUCUGUACUCCAGAAACGGUGAUUAUCUUACAUAUAGUGAGCUUCUCAAAACUGUUGGAAGUGAACUUAAGGAGCCACAUGUUGACAAGAUAAGUGUGGCGGACCUUGGUCUCUUGCAGAAACAUGUUGAGACUGCAUUAAUGGAUGUACGUUCGACUAAGACAAAAAUAAUGACGGAUGCUCAGUCAAGCCUUCAGGAAAAGGAAAAUAUGCUGGAAGAAGAAAAAAAGCAUUUCAACGAGAUUGUUGAAGGCAAUAAGUGUGCUAAGAAAAAGAAGGUGGUGAUAGAUCUCAACAUUACCGCAGACGGCUAAACGACAAAUAGAAGCGGCAUACAACACCGGACCUAGCUCGUUCAAACUUUUAUGUGCAAAAUAAAAAUAAAAUAUCUGCCGAAUCAUAAGAAUGCAUGCAGGUAUAAAUAAAAGGUGCUAGAGGAAUAUGUACCUACCUGUUUAUUUGUUGCAUGGUGUGUAAGCUGCUUGACCCCUCUUAUGUAUUCGAGCUUUUGUUAAAUAUUGCUAUUAAAUAUUGCGCUCUGUUUUUAACGGUUGAACAUAUAUGGGAUGGGAUAUAUGCUUUGCUUU